UUUUUUUUUUUUGCUUUUUUAUUUUUAGUAUCAUAUAAUGAUACAAAAUAUGUAUUCUAAUGAAGCAAUAGAGAUAGGACAAGGAAUAAAUUCGCUAUCCAGCGCAGAGUAUGAAUAUAGGGGCUUAAUUCAAAAGCAAGGUACAAUAUACGAUAUGGACAUAGAAGAAGAUGAAAUACUAACAGAAAAUACAAGAGUACCAGAUAUAAAUGACCCUGAUUUUUAUUGCUGUGUCUGCGACAGAACAUAUACCAGUAAACUUAUCUACAAAUCACAUCUUAAAAAUUUUCAUAGCUUCGCAAUAGAACUACCUACUCAAAAAAUAAAUUGUCCUAUUCGUUAUCCAGAUCUUGAACCAGACCCUAGUGAUCCUGAUUUUUAUUGUCGUUCAUGCGAUCAUUCAUAUUCUAGUGCCUACAGUUUUAGGACACAUCUAAGACGUUUUCACGAUAUCAUAAUAGAGAACCCCUCACCUCCACAAAAUAGUAACCGUCCUAUUCGUUAUCCAGAUAUCAAACCAGAUCCCAAUGAUCCCAAUUUUUAUUGUAGAUCGUGUGAUCAUGUAUACUCCAGUUUUCGCAGCUUCAAACACCACCUUGCAAAAUUUCAUAACAUUAUUGUGGAACCGCCACCAUCGCGACUAUCUAUGCAGAGUAUUAAUUGUCCUAUCCGUUAUCCAGAACUUGAGCCUGAUCCCAAAGAUCCAAACUUUUAUUGUAGGUCUUGCGAUCACACCUAUUCUAGUUUUCGUAGCUUUCGUACUCAUCUUGCCCAAUUUCAUAAAAACAUUAUAGUGGAGCCACCAUCAACUAAUGAGAAACUUAAACGUCCUAUUCGUUAUUCAAAUCUUCAACCAGAUCCCAAAGAUCCCAAUUUGUAUUGUCGCUCCUGUGAUCAUACAUAUUCUAGUAAUCGUAGUUUUAGAGAUCAUCUUAAAAACUUUCAUAACAUCAUCAUCGAAUUACCUCCACCACCACAAAAUAUGAACAAUCCCAUUCGUUAUCCAGAUCUUAAACCAAACCCCAAGGAUCCUAACUUCUACUGCUGUUCAUGUGAUCAUACAUAUUCUAGUAGCUACUCAUUUAAAAAACAUUUAGCCAAAUUUCAUAAUAUUGAAUUAGAGGACCAGGCAAAAUCUUCUGCAUUAAAUUCAGAUACUGAGCCAGAUCCUAAGGGCCCCAACAAGUAUUGUCGGAUCUGUAAUCGUAAAUAUGCAAGUGUCUAUGGCUAUACAGUACAUCUUGAAAAGGUUCACAAUAUACGAAUGAAACCGGUUAGAAAGAUGCGCGUACCUAGACCUGACGUUAGGCCAAAUCCUAGGGAUCCUAAACACUACUGCCGUUCUUGUGACUACAUCUAUGCCGACACUUACGGCUAUAGAGCGCAUUUAAAAAAAACAACCAUAGUAAGGCCAGAAAUUGAACCUGACAUAAACGAUCCUAACAACUAUUGUCGUUCCUGUGAUAAAACAUAUGCAAAUAUUUAUAGUUACAACACUCAUCUUAAAAAUAUUCAUAAAAUCAUAGUGAGUCCUUCAAUGAUUUCUUUGAUAGAGAAUGGCAAAGGUGAUGAUUACUUCCAGGGUUUAGAAUUAGUUGAAUCGUUUUUGGAGACGGAAAAGGAUGAUUUAAGAUCAAUAAGCAGUGAUGAUCCAGAAGAAACAAAUGAGAAUGAUGAACCAGAGAAUAAUGAACCAGAGAAUACUGAAAUAGAUGAGGAUGAACUAGAUCUGAAAAAUCCAAACUUCUACUGUCGUAUUUGUGAUAUAAAAUAUGCCCAUAAUACCAGUUACAAAAGACAUCUCAGAAGGGCACAUAAUCUGGUAAACCUUGCAACACAACUAAAGUAUACUCGUCCUAACCUUAAGCCAGGAGUUAUACCUGAUAUAAACGACCCAAAUUUCUUUUGUCGAUCUUGUGAAAGGGUGUAUUCAUGCGGAGAGGUUUACAAAAAGCAUUUAAGGAAUGUUCACAAGAUGGUCACUAAAAAACCGAAAAUCCUUUAUACCAUUAGCAAAAUACCUACGAAUGAACAAAGUGUAAAUAACUCCGAUAGUUGUUGUAAUAUUUGCAACAAAACAUAUUCAAACAAAUAUAAUUUAAAAAAGCAUAUGAAAAAUGUUCAUCGAAGGAAAGCAAAACGUGUAAUAAGACAACAAAUAACGAUCAAUAAUCCUUUUCUUUACUGCUAUUCUUGUAAAGUUGAAUAUAUGACAGAAACUAGUUACCGCCAACACUUUAAACUUUUUCAUCCAUCUAAACCAGGUGUAGAACCCAAUGCGGAUGAUCCCCAUUUUUUUUGUCGCGCUUGUGAGAUGAAAUUUCCCAAUGAUACUGUUUACAAAAGACAUAUUCGUAUCUUUCAUCAAAUAAAAUCCACGAAAAAGACUUCAGAUCCAGCGAUAUCGACAUCUAUUCGACAAAGACAUAAUACUGUAGUGGCACCAUCCUCGUCAGAUCCUAUACUCAAUAUCGAUGACCCUAACCAUUAUUGUAAUGUUUGCGAAAGACAGUAUACCACUAACGGACAUUAUCGAACUCAUCUUAAAAAUAUCCACAAAAUCAAGCUGGUACCUCUUUUAGCAUCUUACGUGGCCAAACCAGAUAUUGAACCGAACAUUCACGAUCUUAACAACUAUUGUCAAUCAUGUGAGGCCAAAUUUUCUAAUAAAGCAGGCUACAGAAGGCAUCUUCGCGAUAAGCACAAGAUGCGUUUAACACCCUUAAUCACACGUGAUGCUGAGUCUAGGUCAAUAAAUAACCACGAAGACGACGGUGGUUACAGGAAACAUACCAAAGACAAGCAUAAAGUAACAUUUACAACGCCCCUUGAAGCAAUCCCCGUUCAACAAAUACACAAUGACGUUGAUAACCGCUGCAAUAAGUGCAAUAUUGAUUUUGUUAAUCGUAGCCUUUAUCGUGAACAUUUAAAAGAGAAACAUAGGAUGGAAUCAGAUUCAUUAUCUAUUAGAGGACAACGGAACACAUCAAAGUCAAAUCUUGUGCCUGAUGUUUAUGAUCCAAAUAAUUAUUGUCGCGCAUGUAAGAUAACGUUUCUAAGGCGUAAAAACUACACAAGGCAUUUGAGGGAUAAGCACAAGAUGAAGCCAUCUAAAAUUUAAAAAGGAUAAUGGAUUGUUAUGCUGCGUCAUACAUGAAUGUCACUUAAAGAAAAAAAAAAGAACCCCCCUUCCUUCUUCUCCCCUCCCCAUCCUCCCAACUUUAUGUCGAAAAUAUCUCGUAUAAAUAAUUAUACUAUUAUAUCUAUUUAACUAUAUAGCUUCUAUAUAAUAAAAUAUAUAAACAUACGCACGCAAAAAAAAAUAAAAAUAUAAAAUCAGCUUGUCG